AGAAAGGAGAUGAUGGAAAAUCGUAUUUUAAAAAAAUGUAUAUAAAAGAAGGAAGAGAGGAAGAAAGGAAGGGGCGAGAGGGAGGGAAAGAAGUUAAGAGAAAGUAAAAAAGUUCUCUAGCAGACUACUCUCCAAUCACAGCGCAGGCAAACAAACUUGCUGACGUCUUCCCCUUGGCUUUGAACAGCGGUGGGAAAGGCCCAGGGUGCCUACCUGGAGCCUGCGGGACGCGGAGCGCGGUGGGGCCACCACGUGUCUCCCUCUGCGGAGGUCCCGGCACAGCCCGGCGGGCAGGGCGAGCGGCCGGCGAAGGAGGGGUGGCCGGCCGGCCGCGCUUUUCCCGGCGCGGAGGCAGCGGUGUGGGUAGGGCGGCGGGCAUGGCGGAGGCGCCGGGGCCGGCGGGGGCGCAGCUCAGCCUGCUGCCCGACCACUCGCCGCUGCUGCAGCCCAGCCUGGCAGAGCUGCGGCGCCGGGCCCGGGCGCCGGGCUCUCCGCUGCUCCCAGGGCCGCUCAGCGACGCCUUCCUGCUGCGGUUCCUGCGCGCCCGGGACUUCGACCUGGACCUGGCCUGGCGGUUACUAAGGAACUACUACAAGUGGAGAGCAGAAUGUCCAGAGAUAAGUGCAGACCUCCACCCUCGAAGCAUCCUUGGCCUUCUGAAGGCCGGCUACCUCGGUGUCCUGCGAGCCAGGGACCCCACGGGCAGCAAAGUGCUGAUCUACAGAAUCGCACACUGGAACCCAAACGUUUUCACAGCUUACGAUGUGUUUCGUGUAAGUCUAAUCACUUCCGAGCUUAUUGUACAGGAGGUAGAAACACAACGGAAUGGAAUCAAGGCCAUCUUUGAUUUGGAAGGCUGGCAUUUUUCUCAUGCUUUUCAGAUUACCCCAUCUGUAGCCAAGAAGAUUGCUGCUGUUCUUACAGAUUCCUUUCCAUUAAAAGUUCGUGGUAUCCAUUUGAUAAAUGAGCCAAUAAUUUUCCAUGCUGUCUUUUCCAUGAUUAAACCAUUUCUGACUGAAAAAAUUAAGGCACGGAUUCAUAUGCAUGGGAACGAUUACAAACAAAGCUUACUUCAGCAUUUCCCAGACAUUCUUCCACUGGAAUAUGGUGGGGAAGAAGUCUCAAUGGAGGACAUUUGUCAGGAGUGGACAAAUUUUAUAAUGAAGUCUGAAAAUUAUCUCAGCAGCAUCUCACAAGACCGUUAAAGGAGAAGUUAUUUAAUGUGAAAGCCUUCCUAAUUAAAAAUACAUGAGUGAGAUCCUGCCUGGUAUCAGAAAGAAAGAACAAGAAUCUUUUAAAUUAAGUAAUACUUUCCUGAUUGAUUUUUUUAAAAUGUAAAAAUCUUCUAACUUGAGCAAUAUAGGUAUUUGGGAAACUUUACUUCUUAAAUGCCUUUUCUUUACCUUUGAAGUAAUUAAAUGUUAGUGUACCUUAAAAGCAUAGAAGAGAUCCCUAACUCUCACAUGUUAAAGAAAUUUAUCUCUAAAGUACUUAUUCACGUGCAUCUCGGUUUGUUUCUGAAGAGUUUUAUUUUAAACAAGCUCUUUGCUUACAUUGGUUUAAUUACAAAUGUAUAAAUAGUUCAUGGACAAGAAAUAUAAGCACAAAUCAAAUGAUUAUAAUAAUCUAUUCAUACUCAUUUUGGGUGAGUAUCAGAUUAGAUUAUAAUUCAGGUUACAAUCUGAAUACAAUUUUACAUAGUUAUUUCUGUGGGCCAGAAAGGUGGUUCGCCUCAGGGAAAUUCUAUUUUAGCAUAUUUGCACAAUAGACAUUUUUGUUUGACAAGUCUUUAUGCCAUAAACUAUUAUACAUAGCAUCUAUAAGUUUCUAUGAAAUGACUUAUGUUGGUACAAUUGACUACACAGAGAUUUAGAGAUGGACUAAUAUUUAGUUGUGGUAUACAUGGACUCUAGUUUUUUGGGGGUUUUUUUGGGCUUCACUCAUAGCAUAUGGAAGUUCCCAAGCCAGGGAUUGAAUCCGAGCCACAGCUGCAACCCAUAUGACAGCUGCAGCAAUGCUGGAUCCUUAACCCAUUGUGUCCAGGAGCUGGGGGAGAUCAAACUCAUGCCACAGCUAUGACCUGAGCCACUGCAGAGACAAUGCAGUAUCUUUAGCCCACUGUGCCACAGUAGGAGCUCCUGUGGGCUCUAUUUUUAAUUGAACAAUAAUACAACUAUACAAGGGAAAGGAAAUGUUUACAUUUAAAAAAUCACUGUCAAUUACAUCUAGAGAUUUUCAGAUUAUUCAUGAAAUGAGUUUUACUAUAUUAUCGGAAUAUUCUAGCGAAAUCCUAUAAUUUUUUACUCAAAAAAAAUUGGUUACAAUGUGCUGUUUGUACCGUAGCUACGUCAAAGCAUAUUUCAUUUAUUGAGAAUGAUAUGUCAAUAUAGCUUUCAAUUUAUAGCAAUUUUUAUAGUAUUUUGUAAUUUUUAACUUUUGAGCUUGAAAAUAAAAGAAUACUGCGUACAAAAAUUGUUAAACAUUUUUUAGCUCAGUUGGGUUUCAGCAUUAAUCAUGCAAUAUAUCUUUGUGAAAGAAUAUGUAAAGGAUGUUUUUCUUUAUAAGAAAAUUAUUCUACUCAGGUGAGCUGAUACUUAUAAUUCUCUGUACAUAUAUCUAUGAAAAAUGGAACGUGAUUGUGAAUGUUCUUUAGAGAACGUGUCUGACUUUGAUUUAGCAUUGGGAAGCUAACUUUACAUUAUAAUUUUUAUUAAAAAAAUUUGGGAGUUCCCAAUGGGGCACAGCAGAAACGAUCUGACUAGUAUCCAUGAGGAUGCGGGUUCGAUCCCUGGCCUUGCUCAGUGUGUCCCCAGUGACGGGGGUGAGCUGCGGUGUAGGCCAGCAGCCAUAGCUCCAAUUCGACCCUUAGCCUGGUAACAUAUGCCACAGGUGCAGCCCUAAAAAAAGAAAAAAAUUGGAUCAUUCCUGUUUUCUAAAACAUGUUACAGUGUUUUUUUGGGUUUUUUUUGUUGUUGUUGUUUUUUGUCUUUUUGCCAUUUCUUGGGCCGCUCCUGCGGCAUAUGGAGGUCCCCAGGCUAGGGGUCCACUUGGAGCUGCGGCCGCCAGCCUACACCACAGCCACAGCAACGCAGGAUCCGAGCCGCGUCUGCGACCUACACCACAGCUCGCGGCAACGUUGGAUCGUUAACCCACUGAGCAAGGGCAGGGAUUGAACCCACAACCUCAUGGUUCCUAGUCAGAUUCAUUAACCACUGCGCCAGGACAGGAACUCCCAGUGUUUUUUAAAAAAUAAUACAAUUUAAAAUUGUGUAGUUAAAAAUGAUAGAAGAAUAAAACCAUUUUAAAAGUACAAACAAUAACAACAACGAAAAGCUCUUUUAUUUCUGGAAGAAGGUUUACAUCACAAGUUCUACUUCAUUUGCAUUUGGGUACUUAAAACGCUUUCUUAUGACUCUGUGAAGGAAUGAUUACUUUUGCAAAAGAAUACGGGAUAAUAUUUUAAAAUGUCUUUUAAAUAUGAUUCAUUGGUGUUGUUAUUAACAGUAAAUAGAAUUAAAUAAGUCGGUCGAUAGAAGUACAUUUCUAGAUAGGACUUUGAAUUUUUUAUGAAAUUCAACAUUUCACUAAAGAACAUCAAAAGAAUAAUGUGAAAUGUGGAGACGGUUUGAUAAGGUGGCAAGAUAAACAACUACUGAAUUGUCUCUAUUACUUUCUAUAAUUGCACCAGAAGUGCCUUUUAAAAAUAUUAACUCUAACAUGGGCCCAUUGUGUUUCUGAGCUAGGUAAUUUAUUUGUUUCAAUAUCAUUUGAAAGAAAAUAAAGAUGUUAUAUGUGAACUAUA